CCCUCCCACCUCCUCCUCCUUCUCCUCUCCACUCCUCCCAGCUUGAGUUUUCUCUGCAUUUUCCAGACCGGCUCCUGAUCGGGCCUCCAGGGUUCAAGGUCCCUGGGACUGAACCUGGAUCUCUAAUCCCAACUUUCAACUCUCUAGCCUGAGGCCCAGGCUGCCCUCGCUGGGGCCACCUGCUCAGACCUUGCUACUCCAUUCGCCAGCGCUGCCAGCUGCCACCCUGUGCCCAGCCCCAAUGGGGGAGUGAGAGGCCACAGCUGGCCGGACAUGGGUCUCCCCAUCGUGCCUGGCCUGCUGCUGCCACCGGUGCUCCUGGCUCUGUUAGUGGUGAUAUACCCCUCAGGGGUCACUGGACUGGUUCCUUCCGGUGGGGAUCGGGAGAAGAGGGAUAGUUUAUGUCCACCCGGAAAAUACACCCAUCCUCUGAAUAAUUCCGUCUGCUGUACUAAGUGCCACAAAGGAACCUACUUGUAUGAUGAUUGUCCAGGCCCAGGCCAGGAAACGGUCUGCAAAGAAUGUGGAAAAGGCACCUUUACCGCUUCCCAGAACCACCUCAAAUUUUGCCUCAGUUGCAAGUCAUGUCGGAAAGAAAUGUUCCAGGUGGAGAUUUCUCCUUGCAGAGUGGACAAGGAUACCGUGUGUGGCUGUAGGGAGAAUCAGUUCCAGCACUACUUGAGUGAUAAUCUUUUCGAGUGCAUGGACUGCAGCCUCUGCCUCAAUGGCACCGUGAAUAUCCACUGUCAGGAGAAACAGAACACCGUGUGUACCUGCCAUGCAGGGUUCUUUCUAAGCAACAACAAGUGCAUCUCUUGUGAUCAGUGUAAGGAAAACCAGGAGUGUAUGAAGUUGUGCCUGCUUCCACUUCAAAAUAAAGGCACUCCAGACUCAGGUACCACAGUGCUGUUGCCCCUGGUGAUCUUCCUUGGUCUUUGCCUUUUAUCUUUCAUCUUCAUCAGUUUAAUGUGCCGAUAUCGCCGGUGGAAAUCCAAGCUCUACUCCAUCAUUUGUGGGAAAGCAGCAUCUGUGAAAGAGGGGGAUGUUGAAGGAAUUGUUACUAAGCCUCUAACCACAGCCCCUGCCCCAGCUUUCAGCCCCACCCCAGCCUUUAGCCCCACCCCAGCCUUCAGUCCCAUCUCUAGUACCCACCUCACUUCCAGCCCCACCUUCAACCCCAGUGACUGGCCCAACUUCAGGGUUGUGUCACCUCUCAGGGACCUGUCCCCAACCCAAUGUGCUGACCCUAUCCUCUACCCAUCCCUGGCCUCCAUGCCAGCCCCUGCAGCUGUUCAGCAGUGGGAAGACAGCUCCCAUCCUCGGCGUCCUGAUGCUGCAGACCCCGUCACGCUGUACACGGUGGUGGACCACGUGCCCCCAUCUCGCUGGAAGGAGUUCAUGCGGCGCCUAGGAUUGAACGAGCACGAGAUCGAGCGGCUGGAACUGCAGAACAUUCGCUGCCUGCGCGAGGCGCACUACAGUAUGCUGGAGGCCUGGCGGCGGCGGACGCCACGACACGAGGCCACGCUGGACCUGUUGGGCCGAGUGCUCUGCGACAUGGACCUGUUCGGCUGCCUGGAUGAAAUCCAGGAGGCGCUGGGAAGCCCCGCGCCCCACCUCGCGUGAUGAGGCCACACCCCCCCGGCCACCGGGAUGGACUUGCUCUGGAGGCUGCUGCUUCCCCUCCAGGCAUCCCUGAAGGUCGGUCCUGCAAGAUGCCCUGCAACCUCCUCUUUGGAUAAGGGAAAGGAAGGACCUUGGAGGGGCAGGCUCGAGCUGGCAGCAACUUCCUUGGUGCUACCCACUCGUUGUACAUAGCUUUUUCUCAGCUGCAGAGGACCGCUCCUGAGCCAGCAGGGCGGCGAGAAUGUGCCAUCUGUCUGCUUGCUGUUGGCUGAGCAACAGAGCAGGUGGUUGUGAAGGAAAGGGACACUAUACCUCAUGUUUGUUUGGGGUGCAGUAGGGCCCAGCCAAGGCUGGUGGUUCAGGGGCCCUUGGUUGGUACCUGGACCUUUUUCACAGUAAAUAAGCAAUCUUUGUAUCAAUUAUAUUACACUAAUGGAAACUCAGCCACCCUCUGCUUGGACAAACACAGCUCAGCUGUCCAAGGCAGGGGCAAACACGGAACAAUGGGGUCUCCCAUGAAUUUUUGUAAAUACACUAAAACCCUGAAAUUAAAACGCUGGUUCUGGA